UUAUCGAAUUUCUUUCUAUCUAUCUUUCUUUAUCUUUCUUUCUCUCUCUCCAUUUUUUAUCUUUACAAAAGAUUAUUGUGAAUUCGAAAAAAUGUAAUAGAUCAGAUCAAAGUUGCCAAGGAUCAGCAAACAUUUCAAAGGUUUAUUGAGAUCGAUAGGCUCGAAGCAACUCAGAGAGAACAGUGAUGCAAGAAUUAUUUAUCGAGAGGAAAAUUCGUUGAAGAACAUUGAAGAACUCGGUGGAACUUCCUUGGAUCGUAACACGGAGGAAGUUUCCAACGUGGCAUCGACCUCGUACGAGAAUAAUCGAAGAAAUGACGAAGAUUCCUUCGAUCUUUCAACGUCGUCGUCCAUGUUCACUAUAAACGACGAUGAGCAACAACAAGAAGAAGAACAAGAACAACAACAAGUUGAGGAAGAAUCUACUACGUAUCCCGACGAAAGGAUGGUGUCGUUCGAUUAUGCGAAUAUUUCGAGUAGAUUAGAUCCAGAAAACGAUAGACGAUUAACCAGGAUGGUAUCAAAUUCGAUGAAUACCAUCGAGAUCAUUCCGGAUUUCAAUAUGGAGAAUAAUAGUGGUGGUACAAUCAUCGUUCAAAAUCCGAUACAAUUUGCUGCAGCCUUAUCCAUGCAAUAUCGACUACAAGGAACAUUGGAGCCAUUAAAUGUUGUACCUGGUUUAUUCUACAAUCAAGAGGAACCACCUUAUCAAAAUGAGAUUUAUACCAAUGAUCAUACGAACGAAAGCAGCGUUAAUGAAUCAAGUACGGCGUACGGGAGCGAGGUCAGCAGUUUCACGGAUACCGAAGAGUUGGAGAGACGCGAUCAGGCUACUGGACAGGACGAUGAACUACAAAUCCUUUCUUAUGAUCCUAGAAUAUCUAUGAUAUUACGGAAACCUCUGUAUCGGCAGGAUGAUGAACCUUCGAUAUAUUAAUUCUCGAUGAUUAUUUUAUUGUAAUUAAUCAAACAAUAGAAUUGGAAGAUUUACAUCAAA